UGCCUCAUGGCAGCAAUCACCAAUUCUUCCUGUGUUGCGACUGACACCGCAUGCACCUGUUCCGACGCCGCUCUCAAGAGUCAAAGUACCCUCUGCAUCGAGAAAGCAUGCACUACAAUCGAAUCAUUGACUGCCGAGAAUAUAACCAACUCUAUUUGCGGAGUUGAGCCACGAUAUGAUGAUUCCUGGUUCGUGCCUGGCACAGUGCUUCUAGGGAUGAUGAUACUCGUUGUGGCAUUGCGAUGCUUAGCCAGAGCUACCCUCAAAAUGCCGUUCUGUAAGUACCUGACUUCUAGCAUCAUCUACGGGAAAAUCAUAGCUACAUAUAUACUCCCCAGCUUUUCGUGCCCUCCAUUCGAACUUUAUCUGCUAAUCCAUUUGAAGCGGAGUGGGUUUGGUUUGGAUAUCUGGGCAAUACCUCCGGCGAAGGUUCUGAUAUUCCUGAAGUAUUACUACGCUGAUUCGCUUAUAUACGUGGUUGCUCGACUUACAACGCGAGUGUCAAUUGUGUUGUUCUACACACGGGUCUUCUCUACUCUGGAGCAUCGUCGCAAGGUCAUAAUCACACAAGCAGUCAACAUUACGUUGUCUCUUACCUUCCUCAUUGCACUUGCACUCCAAUGUACGCCUCCCAGCUAUUAUUGGAACAGAUUGUUUAGUACGCAGCAUGGGCAUUGCAGAAGCGAAUUCGACUUUGUGUGGGUUGCAUUUACUAUACUUAUCGCCUUCGACUUUUGGAUCAUGUGGAUUCCUGUGCCUAUAGUGGCAAAGCUUCAUCUGCCUUUGAAAGAUAAGCUACUUAUAUCUGUGAUGUUUGCAACCGGAUUUGCGGUUAUUGGUGUUGGGAUCGCCAAAUUUCGUUACAUUGCCUUGUUUACGAACAUUAGCAACCCGACGUACGAAGGUAUGCCUAUGUAUAGGCUCUGCUGUGUCGAGAUCGAGCUUGGGGUUAUUUGCUCUUGCAUGCCCAGUCUUCCGACACUCGUUCGC